AUGGAUACAUCUCUUUACACAGGCUUUUACACCUCUCAGAGACUAGUUGACGAAUUUAACAUGCUACAGGACAAUGCGCCAAUUGCGCUUCACGCGAAGGGCACCAUCAACUCCAAUACAGGAUACGAGGCUUCAGAUGACGAAAAUACCAGAGACGCCAGCGUAAUAGACGACAAUGGGGUUCUGGAAAAGCCAGUAAGCGAAGAACUCUCAACGUCUACUGAUGCUCACGAGGCACUGCGAAGUACAGUCGUCAAAAAUAUCGACAUACUGCAUCAUAUAUUUGGCACUUUGGGUGGGAAGGAUCGCUUGGCAAAGAUUUUGAAGUACGUUCUGGACUUGCUCAAACUAUUUGUAGGCCAUGGCCGUGCCAAGAUUACCAAGUGGGAUCCACAAGUUUUGCAGUACUAUUCCAAAGUACUUGCGCAGCUGAACUUACGUUUAAUCCUGAAACACCCAAUCACCAUUUUGAAGAUAAUAACGGUUGCAGGCCUUCGCAAUUUCGAGGCAAGGGCCUCCUUGAUUAGCACGAAUUUGAGUCUGUUUCGUCAGAUUAUGAGGUUUGGUGGCACCCCUUUCCGUUUGGUCAGUCUAUGUCAAAAGAUUGGUAUCACGAUGCAGAAAAUUACAGCGGGCAAGCAGACCAGCAUAAAUAUUGUGGGUUCUCAGUCUUCGAAUGGUCAUUCUCUCUCAGUAAUCAACAAGCUGUGGCUCAACGAAGGAUCACUUGCGGAUUUUAUUGACCUCUACUACGGAAUCAUGGAUGAAUUGAUGCUCCUACAUAAGUUCAAAGUCUGGCAUCACGAAGGCACUUACCAGUGGGUGGCCAAACACGAAUGUCUCUCUUGGUACUAUGAUAUAAUCCUUGGGCUGAAAAAGAAUUGGGUAUCGUUACAGGACUUGAACAAGGCUCAGCUGGAGCUUGAAAUACAAAUUCAGGUAAAGAAGCGUGCCCUGGAAUUGUCAUCAAGGCUACAUGGAAAAGCUGCCUCUCCUAUAAAGCAGCAGUUACUACAAGACUUACAUAACGGGAGCAGCAACAGUUCACAUACUCUAGAUCGCAUCCGAGAAAUUGAACAGCAACGCAAGACUGUUAUUCUCGAUUUAAUAAGGCUACUGUUUGAUUUCGCGGCAGACACGACAGAUGUUUUUCAUCUGAAGACACCGCCGGGCACAUACGCCGUUCUGUCUUUAGCAUCUGGUCUCACUGGAUUUGUAAAAUUAUGGAGAAACGCUAAAUCGGAACUUACCAAUCGAGUCUAG